AUGCGCAAAUUGCGCCUCAUCAUGUUCGCAGCAGGGCGGACGGCAGCAACACACGAUGUCGAUGCAGACGCUGAAGACGCCGUCAAUGAUUGGCUGAGCGUUGGUAAGAGCUUUUCCAGUGGCAAAAGUGAUGACAUCGCGAAGAUGACAGAAGAUGUUGCCGACUCGUCCGAGUCUGCAUUGCAAGUUUACAAACAUCGCCGAAGUAAACACCGCCAUAAAGAGAAGAAAAUACACAAGGAGAAGAAGCGGCGCAGCGAGGAGUCGGCGGCCGUGACAUCGCGCGAGAGUCGCCACCUCGCCAAGCGCAAGAAGAAAAGCAAGGACAGGAAACGGCGCAGAUCGUGGAGUCGCUCCGAUAGCAGUGAUGAUGACGAUGAAAGGCGUCAGUCUAAUCACCGCUCUCGACAACGACAUCGUAGCCGUAGUAACUCUCAGUCUCGAUCCCAGUCGUGUAGUCACAAGGAGGAGACGCGGAUUGUAAAACAGCCUGCCAAAGAUGUUGUUGUCCAAAGCCAAAAUGCUGGAGAACAGGAAGACAAACUCUUCGAGUUCGAUCGUGUAGGCGAUCGCGAUAACCAAUUCUUUGGAUCGACGUAUGCCCAUGAUCAGCCGUUGUACGAGUUGGCUACAAGACGGAACUUGCGCACCGGUGCAUGGGUAUCCCAAGCUCGGCCAAAAUACACCAGCAGUGACAUGCCCGGCAAGGAGAAGUAUAAUCAAAACGGAGACCGGUAUUUCUCGCUGCAGGCACGAAAACUGGAGAAAAAUGCUCGACAAAAGCGUCUGUAUCUUGCCUACUCGGAGAAAAGAUUGUCUCGCGCGACAGCUGAAGACAAACUGGAUCAACCAAGCCAAGCUGCUAACCUGGUUGUGACCCAUCGUCCACCUGAAAUGGCGUACAUUCCACUUGACCCGAUACUUGAUGUGGUGAGUGAUAGCAUGGAUGAGGUGUCCAAUUCAAGUAACGGCAUGAACGGAAUCUUACUAACUGACGGGCAAAGCGUGGAGCAACACCUAGUGGAACGCAGCAAAUUGCUCAACUCUGCUGUUGCAGCAAACCCGCACAUUAUUGACAGUUGGCUCGAUUUGAUGGCUUUCCAAGAGCAGACAAUGCGGCUUCAGGCCAACACGAAAAGAUUGAGUUCAGCAAUGAAAGCAAGCAUUGCGGAGAAGCAAGCUGCUAUUCUCGCCAGAGCGCUUGCUAACAACCCACAGUCACGGGAGUUGCAUUGUGUAAAACUGAACAUGUCGUUGCAGACUCAAACGAGUGGUGAGGGUGGAGAUAUGGAAUCGUUUCAGCGGCAGCUUGAGAGUCUCCUCUCUGAAGAUGUGACGAACAGCGAGCUGUGGAUCAAGUUGCUUCAAAGCCGCCACCAACAUUUUGGUAGCUUCUCCAUGCAAGCUGUCCGCGAUCUCUACGCGCGUAUCAUUACUGUUUUAAGAAAAGAGUGUGCAAAUGCUGCAGAAACAGCGACCGAGCUCGCACCACCAGUUCCAGACGCAAGUGAGAUAGCCAAGAUCUCCACACAAGCGGGGGAGUUAUCAGUAUCGUUGCUCGAUUUUCAUUUUCUUAUGUGCCAGUUUGAGAAAAGGGCAGGCUUCAUCGAACGCUCGAUCGCUCAGUUGCAAGCUCUGAUUGAUUUUACCUUUAAUGGGAGUGCAGUGGUUGAUAGGUCUAGCAACAAAGAGGAUCACUUGGAAUUGUUGCGAAAGUUUGCGUUACGGUGGAAUAAGGAAGGUACACUUGCAGUUGGUGACGAAUGGAGUGGUAAGACGGAAUUGAGCAGUGGAGUACUACUGGAAGAAAACUCUCCAAAGCCUUCGCCGGGUCAGCUCCAAGAUUACAUUCAGAAAAAUUGUGUCACCACUGUCGAUCAAGUGAAUCCUCCUGAAGUGCUGCGAACUGAAAAGCACAGACAGAGCCUGUUGUCAGCUUCUGCAGCAUACCAACGUCGAUCGCGCAAAAAUGAUGGAAAAGGUGCCGCAGGUAGCAAAAAUGAUAACAACGAGGUUGACUCGGAUUCAUCAACAAGUGACGACUCGGAGGCGGAAUCCAGACGAGGUGGCAAAUUAAUCUAUAGCAACUUGCACGGGUAUCGCAUUAACAUCGAUGAUGCCAACGAUACGAAAGAGUACGAGCGUAUUCUUGCCGAGUUACGCGGAACGGAAAAUGCGCGUGCUCGACAAGCUCAACUGCUUGAAAAAGAGAAAAUGAAACGGGCAGUACUGGCAGAGACAAAGUCACAAGUGGGGGACCAGCGUGCAAGUUACGAUUCAGUGGAUGGAAAUGACCGGUAUCUACAAUGGCUUAACCGCGAAGAAGUGCAGACACAGAUGCAAUGGGCCCCGCUGCGCUCAAACAACCCUCUUCACCAAAAUCUUAUUGAGGAACAACCAGACCGCGCCACACUAACCGAAGAGAUCCAGCCCUUUUUGUUUCCUGUUCCGAAGGCAUACCAAUGGAGGCUUAUCGUCGAAAUUCUGCAGAUAUGCGGUGUCGAAUGGCGAGGUGAAUACUCUUGGGAGACUAGUCUCCCAGCUUGUGAGUCAAUGUACUCUGACAGCCCUGCCGACUAUGAACUGCUCGUGGCUCCGAUAUUGUCUGUGGUUGACCCACAAGUUGGCAACUCCGACAAGCACAAACUGUUUCUUGAUCCAUGUGACCGAAAGAAGUUGCUCGAGCGUGCCCUUCUUGGAGACAUUGCAGUGAACCGAGAUGUGCUGUGUGACCCUAGCAGGGUGGAGUUUGUCCGUCGAGUAUUUUCACAAGCGUUGGAUAUAUUCCGCGAUACGGAUGAGGAUUUUGAAAGCGCCCUAAAGUGCUUGUGGAUUGGCUUCGAAGCUGAGCUUUCACGUUCGAUCGGUGCUCCAGAGGAAAGCAUAGCAUACUGUCGGCAUCUGAGUCGAAUCUUAGCAAAACGAGGCACGGACGGCGACACAGAUUUUAAUGUUUUGCACGCCUACGCCAAGCUAGAAUUUACUCUGGGAAACGAGCGCCAAGUUCGACGUAUUUGCGAGAAUGCGCUUAAGUCACUUGGGGAACUCUCCAUAAACAACAUGCGAUCGGCUAGAGCUUUCCAUCGCUUUGUCUUUCUUCGCGCACGUCUCGAGAUGUGGCCCUCCUCUGGCGAACGAAAGAAACCCGGUGACUAUGGACAGCUUCGUUUGUUGCGGUGUCUCUAUGCGCUUUGGAGUGCGAGGCAACCUGGUAAAUUGGGCGACAAGGGGAAGGAAACGCUGGUUACGAUUGCAAAAAAGUACAAGAACCGGAUUCGAGACUACUUGCACGAGCAGUUGAUGUCCGAUCCGUCGACUAAAACUGAUCUCAUUGCGAAAUAUCGUGCGGAUCUCCACCUUGCAGUUCGGCAGUGUGAUGAGUCUGCCGUACAAAGUUCUAAAGCAAGCCUUCGAUCAAGUUGCUGGGUUGGCUACUGCUUGCACAACUUGGCCCUCAUAGUUUACGCCUAUGACGGAUUUGAUGCAGCUUGUCGUGAAUAUCGUCAAGCCUUUUCCAACGCAGAUCACGGGGCUUGCUCACAUGUAGCAUGGAUGUGGACUUGCUUCCUUGAAUUCAUGCAGCAACAUCAAGUAUCGGGCUUAUCUCCUGUGCUUGCUCCUCGUGUGUGGCGUUCAUCAGUCGGUGAAGCAGUGGAGAAAUACCCGACCAACGAGAUAUUCCUUCGACUCUUCGUUGAUGCCGAGACAGGGAACACCAUUUCGCAAGUGCUUCGCAAUUACUUCCUUCGGGUAGAGAAGAGAUGGCAACGGCAUUUCGAUUCACCGGAAUUGGUGGAAUGGUUAUUCGCGUUGCUUUGUGAAUUUUACCGCGUUGAGCGAGCUGCGACGAUUAAAGAAUUAUCGAAGAGUGCAGAGUCAGGUAUCGACAGAUCCUCUCAUCCGACAUGCUGUCUUUUUCAUCGCUGGGGAAUGAACUUGACCGCAGUUAACCGGAUCCGGCAAAUGUUUGAAAAUAUGGUGAAUCAGAUUCGAACGAAGGGCAGCGCGCUGUGCUGGGGUCUAUACAUGCGCUUUGAAGUUGCGCUAGGAAAGGUGGAUGCGGCGAAGAAGGUGUUAUACCGUGGGAUCGCAGCUUGUGCGUGGAGCAAAGCAUUAUACAUGGAUGGACUGCGCGUGCUACGCGCUUAUUUGAGUGAAGACGAAUGCCAGGAACUUCUCGCAUUUAUGGAGGCAAAGGAGCUGAAUUUGCGCGUUGACUUUGACUGA